CGGCGCGUCCCGGUCGACGCCGGGGGAGCGGCCGCCAUUGUCCGCGUAGGAGGUGAGUCUGUGCCCCCGGCGUUGAGGGUGCCCCUGCCACCGCCGCCGGCCGGGAAGGUCGGGAGAACUGGCAGGGAGAGGCGGUGCCUCGAGUCGCGGUGGGCGCUGCGCCAGGGCGAGUCCCUCGGCUCACCUCCGGGCCUCCCUGGACCAACUGGGCGGACCCGGCUGAGCCCUGCGCGUCGGGCCUUUGUCCCCCUGGCGGAACGUCGGAGCCGAGCAAAAGCCCGGCGCCCCUGGCGCAGUGAGCGGAGCUUCCGUUGUCCCGCAGGGACCAGGUGGGUAUUGAAGUUGCUUUCCGUAAUCACCCGCAUCCGUUCUUCCUGGGCAAGCUCCUGGUAUAUUAAUCCUGCAGGAUGGCAGCCAUCAACCCUUGGGCCUCCUGGGGUAUCCUUACGGACCACUCCUGGGGGAUAGCGGCUGUUGAUCCGUGGGCCUCCUGGGCUCUGUGUCCUCAGGACCCUGCCUGGCGCGUGGAGGAGACCCCUGAGGAGAGGAGGAGGGGCCCCGGGCUCCCAUCAGCUCAGGCGCGGGAACCAGUGACCUUCAAGGACGUGGCCGUGGACUUCACCCAGGAGGAGUGGGGGCAGCUGGACCCGGUUCAGAGGACCCUGUACCGUGACGUGAUGCUGGAGACCUAUGGGCACCUGCUCUCUGUGGGGCAUCAGAUGGCCAAGCCCGAGGUCAUCUCCCUCUUGGAGCAGGGAGAAGAGCCGUGGUCCACGGAGCAGCUGUAUCCUCCUCCAGGCACCUGUCCAGAAUGGAUGAGAAAUCUUGAAAGCAAAGCGUUGAUCCCAACACGAAGCAUUUUUGAGGAGGAACAGUCCCAUAGCAUGAAGUUGGAGCGAUACAUAUGGGAUGAUCCUUGGUUCUCCAGGUUAGAAGUUUUGGGAUGUAAAGACCAAUUAGAAGUGUGUCGCAUGAACCAGAGCACAGCUAUGAGGCAGAUGGUCUUCAUGCAAAAGCAAGUACUGUCUCAAAGAGGCUCUGAGUUCUGUGAACUUGGGACAGGAUGUAGCCAGAGCUUAAACAUUGUUCCGUCUCAGAAAGUCUCUCAGAUAGAACACUUUUAUAAGCCUGAUACAAAUGCUGAAAGUUGGAGAUGUAACUCAGCCAUAAUGUAUGCAGAUAAGCUUACCUGUGAACAUAGUGAGUAUGACAAAGCCUUCUACCAGUCUGUGCAACCUGUUCACCCUGCAAGAGGGCACACUGGAGAUAAUAUUUUCAAGUGCACUGAUGCUGUUACGUCUUUCAAUCAUAUACUGCAUUUUGGUGAUCACAUGGGAAUGCAUACAGGAGAGAAACUCUAUGAAUAUAAGGAAUGCCACCAAAUCUUUAACCAGAGCCCAUCAUUUAGUGAACAUCCCAGACUUCAUAUUGGAGGAAACCAGUAUGACUACAAGGAAUAUGAGAAUAUCUUUUAUUUCUCAUCCUUUAUGGAGCAUCAGAAAAUUGGUACUGUAGAGAAAGCAUAUAAAUACAAUGAAUGGGAGAAAGUCUUUGGGUACGACUCAUUCCUUACGCAACACACAAGCACUUACACUGCAGAGAAACCUUAUGAAUAUAAUGAAUGUGGGACGUCUUUCAUCUGGAGCUCUUACCUUAUCCAGCAUAAGAAAACUCAUACUGGAGAGAAACCCUAUGAAUGUGAUAAAUGUGGAAAAGUUUUUAGGAAUCGUUCAGCCCUUACUAAACAUGAACGGACUCACACUGGAAUAAAACCCUAUGAAUGUAAUAAAUGUGGGAAAGCCUUUAGCUGGAAUUCUCAUCUUAUUGUACACAAGAGAAUUCAUACGGGAGAGAAACCUUACGUAUGUAAUGAAUGUGGGAAGUCUUUCAACUGGAACUCCCAUCUUAUUGGACAUCAGAGAACUCAUACUGGAGAGAAACCUUUUGAAUGUACUGAAUGUGGGAAAUCUUUCAGCUGGAGCUCUCAUCUUAUUGCCCACAUGAGAAUGCAUACUGGAGAAAAGCCCUUUAAAUGUGAUGAAUGUGAAAAAGCUUUUAGGGAUUACUCAGCCCUUAGUAAACAUGAAAGAACUCACUCUGGAGCGAAACCGUAUAAAUGUACUGAAUGUGGAAAAUCCUUCAGCUGGAGCUCCCACCUUAUUGCCCAUCAGAGAACUCACACAGGAGAAAAGCCCUACAACUGCCAGGAAUGUGGUAAAGCAUUCAGAGAACGUUCAGCCCUCACUAAACAUGAAAUAAUUCAUUCUGGAAUUAAACCCUAUGAGUGUAAUAAAUGUGGAAAGUCCUGCAGCCAGAUGGCUCACCUUGUUAGACAUCAAAGGACUCAUACUGGAGAAAAGCCCUAUGAAUGCAAUAAAUGUGGAAAAUCCUUCAGCCAGAGCUGUCAUCUUGUUGCUCAUCGGAGAAUUCACACUGGUGAGAAACCCUACAAGUGUAACCAAUGCGAACGAUCCUUUAAUUGUAGUUCUCAUCUUAUUGCACACCGGAGAACUCAUACUGGAGAGAAACCAUAUAGAUGUAAUGAAUGUGGGAAAGCGUUUAAUGAGAGUUCUUCCCUUAUUGUGCACCUGAGAAACCAUACUGGAGAAAAACCCUACAAAUGUAAUCAUUGUGAGAAAGCUUUCUGUAAGAAUUCUUCUCUUAUUAUUCAUCAGAGAAUGCAUAGUGGAGAGAAACGCUUUAUAUGCAACGACUGCGGAAAAGCCUUUAGUGGCCACUCAGCGCUACUUCAGCACCGGAGAAGUCAUAGUGAAGAGAAACUCUGUGAAUUGAAUUGAUGAGAGAUUUUUUUCUUUUAUUGUACCUUUGAUAAACACAUGGGAAAAACCCUAUCAUAUAAUCAAGAGGGGAAAUUUUUAGUGAGAAUUCACUAAGACUUCUCCCUUUAUUAAUCAGUAGAAUUAUCUUCAUAGAAGAAACCUGUGAAUGAAAAGAAGAGGCAACGGCCUUCCACCGUUAAUGUAGCCCUUAUUUAAGAUCCAAUAACUACUGUGAAGAGGAUUCCAGACUCCCCUCAUGAUCCACCGGAAAUUCUCUUUGAGGACCAUGAACGUAGGGAAGGAGACGUCUUGUAGGAAGCGACCUCAGCUCUUUGUGGAUCAGAGUGCAUUGUUAAAAGCAAAACUUUAUCCUAGGAAAAGUGUUCCAACUAGAAAUACACUCUUUUGCAUCAAGCUGGAAUAUUGGAUGGACGUUUUACAAUAAUACUUUGUAUGUCAUUGUGAAAACACAUAUUUUGCUAUUAUAAGGGGAGGGUCUGGGUGCCCUUUAAGGAAUAGAAUACAGAAUACUAAACCUGAAUUUAAGAAAAAAAAAAUGGUAUUGAAUGCCGUAUUUACCGUUGAUCCAGAUUAACCUUACAAAAGAUUAGUAAGUGAGAAGACUAAUGAUGGAAAGGCCCUUGCCCGGAAGUGCUGAGACUGAUACCGUUGGACCAAAUGGUGAUAGUUAAGAAGCCAGUGUGUCAGUGUCCAUAGUUUACUCCUUACUGCAUUGUUGGAUGAUUAGUUUGUCUGUUUUAGGCAAUCACUAUAAUUAUGGAUACUGCAUAAAUAUACAUAACAUGAAGGCAUAAAAAGGACACAAAAUUGUAUAUACCUAGCUACAGUAACAUCUAAAAAGUGUAUGUGAAUAAGCACUGGAAAGACCCGUGGAUAAAUUAACCCAGUUAAUUUAAGUUUUUUUUUUUUUUUAAGUUUUACAAACACAUAUGGCACUUACCAUGUGCUGGAGUUUGUUUUAAAUGCUUUUCAAAUAUUAACUUGUUCAGUCCCCUCAAAUCUAUGAGAUAGGUACUGUUAUUAUCCCAGUUUUACAAAUUGAGAAACCGAGGCAGAGGUAAUGAGAAAUCUCCCUAAGUAUACACAGCUAGUUAGGAGUAGAGAGAUUGUUUGCUUCCAGAGUUCAUGUUUUUAACCACUGUGUUACGCUGCCUCUGCAGUGAUUUUUUUCCUUCAUUUUUAAAAAAUUUGUUCAGUGUUUUUAUAGUAGAUAUUUGGUAAUAAAAGUCAGAUUCAUAAACAAU